UAUACUAAUAGUAAUAAUAUUCAUUCUAAAUACUAAUAAUAAUAAUAAUAAAUAUGACACAGGAGAGAACGACAGAUGAAGGGACGAGAACUCGCGAUCGGAAAGUGGCGAUAUUUUGAAAAUACGAGCGGGAUCGACUUUCCUCUUCUGGCAACCUGGGCUGGGACCAACUAACAAUAGCCAGGCGGGAAAUCCAAACUAAUUGGCGGGAAGCGGAACAGGGUUCCAAAAUAUGUACUCAAGCAGCCAGUUCGACGCCACCUCCGCCUUCUCCGGCGGCGGAUUCAUGCCCUCUCAGCCUUCUCAGUUCGCUAAUUCAACUCCAUCUCCUGCAAGAAGUCGUGACACGCAGGGGUUGAUAUCCGUGACAGUGAAGCAGAUAAGUGAAGCUUCUCAAUCUGGUGAUGAGAAAUCCAAUUUCGUAAUUGAAGGUGUUGAUGUUACCAAUGUUACGGUGGUUGGCAUGGUAUUUAACAAAAAUGUAAGGUCCUCGGAUGUUCGUUUCCACCUUGAUGAUGGAACAGGCCGAGUUGAAUGUAUAAGAUGGGUAACCGAAAAUCUUGACACAAGAGAAAUGGAUGCAUUAGAAGAUGGAACUUACGUUCGUGUUAAUGGACACUUGCAAAGUUUUCAAGGCAAGAAGCAAUUAAGUGCCUUUUCUCUGAGGCCAGUGACAAAUUUUGAUGAAGUUACUUGCCACUUUAUUGAGUGCAUACAUUUCCAUCUUCACUCCAAACUACAGUCACAGGGUGGUGCUUUGUCCCAGCCACAGAUGGAUUCAUCAUUGAGCACUCCUGUGCGGGGUGCAUCAACUGGAAUUCAGCCAGCUUUGGUGAAUGAUUUCUCUGUGCAAUAUAGUGCUGAUGGACUCAAGGGUUUUGAUAAAAUGGUUCUGAACUAUCUGCAGCAACCUUCAAACAUGUAAGUAGUGCACUGAAAU